AUGUCAGAUGUUAAAAUGAUUCCAGAUGAUGAGUCUCAGCGAGAAAGUUGUGUAGCGCCAUCGGAACCAGUUAUGUCUGUGGAAAGGUCUAAAGGCAGUAGUCCACCAUGCAUCCCUCAUCCUAUCCCACCAAAACUUCCUGUUAAUAAAUUAUAUGGAAUUCGAGCUAUAGUUGGAGCCUGUCUAUUGUUUUUUUCUGCGUACCUUGGCUCUAUCUUCUUUUUGGCUCCGUUACUGCCAUUGGCUAUUCUGUCACCCGUCGUUUUUCGCUAUUUUAAUGAUUUGUUCUUGGCCUCGUGGCUGAUGCUUGCUGAAUUUGUAAUAAACAAAGUUAUUGGUUGUCGUAUCCGUCAUUUUGGUGAUCGAGUUAUACCGUCUACUACUGCUGAACCUCAUAGCUGUCUCCUUCUGAUCAAUCAUCGCACACAGUUAGAUUGGUUUUUCCUGUGGGGGUUAGGUGAUCCGAUUCAGCGUAUGAAAAUAAUUCUCAAAGAUUCUCUUGCGAAAAUUCCCGGUGCUGGUUGGGCAAUGCAGUGUGGUAGCUUUAUAUUCUUACGCCGGCGUAUCGCAACAGAUCAGCAACGGUUACAAAAAAUUGUAGAAUAUUUACUCAAAGUUAAACGGAGUUGUCAAUUAUUAAUCUUUCCUGAGGGCACAGAUUUGAACAGUAAAUCGUUGGAGAGAAGUGACAUUUAUGCGAAGGAAAAUAAUUUACCGUAUGUUCGCUAUACACUUCAUCCUAGGAGUACUGGAUUCUUGCAUUUAGUGAAAUUAAUCGGUUUAGAUAGUCUAUCAGAGGUAUAUGAUGUCACAGUGUCCUAUCCGGAUAUUUUACCAUCACCCGAAAUUAACCUAAUUCAUGGAUAUGUCCCACGCGAAGUACAUUAUCUUGUUCGCCGUUUCACUUUAAAUGAUUUACUUGAUAAUAUAUGUGAUAAUCGAGAAUUAGACGACGAAACAAACGAUAAAUUGUCAAAAUGGUUGCAAGCUCGUUGGUUAGAAAAAGAAAAUAUUUUGAAAGAAUAUUAUGCUAAUCCUAUUGGCAAACGUUCAUUUCAAAAUGAAAUAACGCCUGACAGUUUAGUAUUUUAUGUGAAUUCAUCAGAUAAUCUAAUAUUCACUUAUUUAGGCUUAUUCAACACUGGAUUUUGGUUUCUUUCCAUGUUCACUUUUGUGUAUCUCAUUUACACUACAUUCUAUAUUCAAAUUUAUUUUAUCACAAUCCAGUUGUUGUUUACUUAUUUCACUUACUAUACAAACGGUGUUAAUAUGUGGGCCACCCAAUGGAUUGGUAAUUCUGUUACUGGUGAAUACAAUAAGAUCAAUGAUACUGCUCAUAAUUCUGCUACUGACACUACUCAUAAUAGUAGUUGUAAUAUUAAACGUGAUGAUGAUGUUAAUGAUAAUGACAAUAGUGUUUUCAUUCAUUCUGUACAAUAUGGAGGUGUUGACCACAACAAAAAAGCUACCUAA